AUGCACAGCAGGUUGACAUGUCUGGCCAGAACCCAUAUUGGUGUGGGUGUAAAAGCUCUCUCUGUUUCAGCUGGUAAUAUAUUCUGUCUCGAACCUUCCCCAGGACUGGCAAUAGGCUUAUCAGUCUGUACAACUUUGGUUCAUCCUUCAGGUAUCUACUCUUGUGAAUUAACACAAGAUGAACUUGCUUCCACUUCACUGGGAAGUGACAAUAUUUUCCUUCAUGGUCGUUUGAGAACAGCUACAUUAAGAAAUGAUUUUGAAGGUCAAGCAGUACUUUUAAACUGCCUAUUAAGAAAUUAUCUACAUUAUAAUUUAUAUUAUCAAGCAUUCAAACUUGUGGAAAAAUCUGCUUUUCCAGAAGUAGCAUCAAAUAAUGAAUGGGCUCGAUUCCUUUAUUAUUUAGGUCGUAUUAAUGCAAUUCAACUAGAGUAUACCAAAGCUCAUAAAAAUUUACUGCAAGCUAUUCGUAAAGCUCCACAACAUACAGCUAUUGGAUUCAAACAAACAGUAUGUUGAUUUUUUGUAAAAUUUUGAAUGAUUUCUAAAUUAUAUAGCGAAUCAACCCUAAUUUAAUAGUUAUUUGUAGGGUUACCAGAAGUCUUUUAUUUUAGCAAAACUGUUCUUAUUUUUUAUUGAAAUGAGAAAUGAUACAGUUUGUCCUUUAUUAUUAUUUUUCAAUGCCUUUGCCAAUGGCAGCGGAGGAUUUCUGCAUAGCAUAUGCCUUUCUGUAUAUAAUCUUCCUAUUGAUUUACUAUUAAAUAUUUUAAGUUAAAAUUUAAAAAUAUAUAAACAGAAUGUUUAAUUAUUAAUAUUAACUAAAAAAAUAAUUGAAUUUUACUUUUUUGAUAUGAAAUGGUGUGGAAUGGAAGUUGGAGAAUGGCAGUAUUAAGUGUCCUAUAA